CCGGAACAUGGCGGAGGCCCGGGCCGUCGCGGCUCCACUAAAGCACCGGUUCUUCUGUCACUGCUGCAAGUGUGAAACGCAACCUCAGCUGCCGGAUUUUGUCUGCCCCAGGUGCAAGUCGGACUUCAUUGAGGAGGUAGCAAAUGACUCCAGACUCUUGGAGAACAGCACACCAGAGACCAAUGAUGAUUCCAACUCGUUGUUCUCAGAAUUAUGGCAGCUGUUGUUUAUGGAGCGCUCUGCUCUGCUGUCGCACCCGCCGUCGUCAGAGUCGGACCGGGAAGACGUCGAGAUGUUUCUCAGUGGUCACGGUCAUCUUCCGCUAGUACCACCGGGCAACGCUGAGGUCAGAGAACUGCAGUUUCUCUCCCAGCCCGGAGAGGAGAGGUCAGCCCAACCUGAACAAAGGCCUGAAAUGGAAGGGAUUGUGCAGCACUUCUUGGCCGACUUGUUUACUACCAAUGGAAAUCCCGGCGCCGCUCCAGCUGCACUAUCAAGCAUGCUGCAGCUGUACUCAAACCCAGCAGAUUAUGCAUGGGGUCAGGGAGGUUUGGAUACAGUCAUCACAGAGUUAUUAGGACAGUUGGAGAACACAGGUCCACCUCCAGCUGAAAAGAACAUGAUCUCAUCCUUGCCGACAGUUUGCAUCUCUGAAGAGCAAACAGAAUGCAGACUGGAGUGUACAAUUUGUAGGGAGGAGUAUUCAUCAGGGGAAUCUGUCCGGAAGUUACCCUGCCUCCAUUACUUCCACAGUCAGUGUAUAGUACCGUGGCUGGAACUGCAUGAUACCUGCCCGGUGUGCCGAAAAAGCCUCGACGGUGUUGACAACAGCCUCCUCCUGCAUGCAUCGCAAUCUCCACAGGGUCGCUCCAUAAGGACAGAGCAACAGGGGAGGCAGGCCAUUUGAGAUAUUGAAAUUCUACCACGGAAAUCAUCAUUACUUACAGCAUGAACUGUCCACUUCAUUUGCACAUUUUAUACAAGGAUCUCUGUUUUUCUUCCCGGCACUAAAUCACUAAGCAGUAAGUUUAACAAGACCACAACGCUACACCACUCUUUGCUGGCUUCCUAAAUAGCUGAUUCAGAUGUCCCAAAUUUGUCACCACCAAGCUGCCAUUUGACUGAUUUCCCGAGGAGUAACACUAUUAAAUGAAGCCUGUUUUAAGGACAAUGACCUAAUUUCUGAUUUUGAUCAGCAUCAC